CGGGGAUUAUGUAGCGAAAGCGAAAGAAUAGGAAAAGGAAUACAAGCUACGAUUGCUUUUCAGGUCUUGUGUAUUUUGUCUGAAUUAUGCUCAACAAAUGCAAUCGCAAUCGGUAAGGUUGGCUUUUUGCUGUAACGGAAUGCAGGUCUUUUCAUUUUCAUUUCUUUCCGCCCGGUCGUGUAAGGCAGUUGAAAUUCAACUGCAGAUUUGUUUUCACUUGUGUUUUUCCAAAUCCAAAUGUAAGAGCCACGACCUCAUCAAAACGGCGUCGCAAUCGUGGCAGCUCUAAUAAUCUUCAUCCAUCAUAUGACUGCUCGGUAUUACAACAAUGAAUUUAAGCGACUUAAUGUCGAGUCUUCCGGAAGAUGAAGAUUUUUUUUGCUGCGGUUCCGAUGUGCCUGGACCCGGGCUUGUGGAGCGGGAUGUGGCGGGAGAGCAACGAGACGCGUUCGCACGUACUGCAUUCCCACAUAUCCGAGCUCCUUCUCACCCUCGACGCCGUGCACUCCUUCCUGCAGCAGUUCGAAACCCCAGUCCGGACGGAAGCCGAUUGGGUGUACCUGCCGGUCUACUUUCCGUUGCUCUUCUGGUACGAGUCCACCGAGUCCCUGACGUGUGUGCGCGAGUUUUUUCAGGACUACGAUUUUGGCGCGCUUGCGGGGUACGACCACCUGAUCAACUACGGCCACGAGUUUCCGCACUGGAAAAAGGAGUCGCGCGUCUUGCCACCUGAAAACCGACUGUUGGAUUUGAACGGGUACCACCUCUUUCUCCGCAACGCGUUUGUUCUCACGGUGGGGCACACGCACCAGGGACGCCGAAACUUUGCGCUUGCACUUUCUCCUGCGGAUCUACAACAUCACGCAAAGAACGGCACAACAGCGAACGCCACCUCAAGAACUAGAACUACGGGGGAACAAGAACAACCAGGGGGGGAACGACCCCCGUUCCCCGUGCAGCCUCCUUCUUCAUCCCCGGCGGGGGCCGAGAUCGCCCACCCGCAUCUGCUCGAGCCGGGCUGGGGCGGACUCCUCGAGCUGCAGCGGUUCGUGCUACACCCCUACUUUGUGUCGUUCGACUGCCACAAGGCCUACAAGGGUUUGGUGGACUUUGCGAGUCGCCCGGUCCGCGUUUUGUUUGUGGGGGCCGUGAAGCACAUCCCGGACACCACUUUUGUUUUCCGGGAGCGCCUGUAUGUGCUCGAAGCCGUCCAGCGGCACUUCAAGGGGGACGAGUCGGUGUACUUCCAACCGGUCCCGGCCGACGACGGGAGUCGGCAGCAGCUCCGUCGGAAGCAGGACGAGUAUUUGCUGCUCUACGAGUCCGCCCGGUUCUGCCUCGUGAUGCCCGGCGACGGCAACACCGCGCAGCGAUUGUUUCACGUGCUCACGCGGGGGUGCGUCCCGGUGUUUGUGUACCACAAGGAUAGCUAUGUGGUCUUGCCCUUCGAGGCCUACCUGCAGUACGAGGAGUUUUCCCUGCUGUACCUCGUCGACUCGGUGGAUGAAACUGCGGCGGCGCUGGAAUCCGUGCUGCAGGUGUCACUCGAGACCGGCCAACGCCUGCAAAAAAAGGCCUUGGAAGCGGCGCCUUACUUGUCCAUGAAACUCGAGGAAAACUGCGCGCAAUACGGCACCACCGGCUCAGCUUUCACGCUGCUGGAACGCGAGCUGCGAGAUCGGCUGCAUUGGCGUGCGCGCUUUCUUGUUCCGCGGGGUGGCUUCGCGAGGCCGUACAGUCCGCGAGAACACUCGCACUGGGUGCACUGGGGCGCACUUCACAACUUUGAUUCCAGCGUGUUGGCAGACGAGGAUACUGCUCCUCUAGAGCGCUCGGAUCUUCGACUAGAAGAACAAGCAGAAGGUCAGGAUGCCUCUCAUCAGAAGGCUGAUGAUCAUACAUAG